AUGAAUCGACAUAGUACUCUUAUCUUUAUCUUCUUCUGUAUUAUCACCAGCAAUGCUGGAAUAGUUCCAUUUCAUCCAAUAGGCUUUCAUAAUGUUGAUCCAAUUCAUAUGAUCUACAUGAAAGACAAUUGGAAUGUCUAUUUUAAUAAUCGUAAAGUUGCUGACGCAUCAGUACGAUCAUUCCAAGAUCUUGGCUUUGGAUACGGCAAAGAUGAUUGGAAUGUGUUUUACUUAGGAAAUAAAAUGCCGGAUGCAAAGCCGAGAUCAUUUGAAAUACUUCAGCCCUACACUGGUUAUACUAAAGAUACGUGGAAUGUGUAUUAUCUUGGUAAAAUAGUGUCGGAUGCAAAGCCACGAUCAUUUGAAAUACUUCAGCCCUACACUGGUUAUACUAAAGAUACGUGGAAUGUGUAUUAUUUUGGCAAAAUAGUGCCGGAUGCUAAAUCUCAUUCAUUUCAAUCGAUGGGUAAAGGCUAUGGCAAAGAUGCUUGGUCAAUGUUUUUUAAAGGAAAGAAAUUGAAUUGA